AUGGCGGACGGACUCAACCAGGCCCGCGCAGUGCGAGUGGCCGAACUCAUUAACGACUACCGCACUCUCUUGCUGCACAUCUCUCAACAGAAUGUCGAUGUACACCCUGACGAUCAAUACGAAGAAGGAUAUACCGUUCUUCGUGAAUGCCAUACCGCUGCCCAGCGGUUAGUGUCCGCCAACUACCACCCAUGUCCGAUGACGGGCCAAGGCAAUGCCGAGACAGAGAAAGUCGAACUACAAAGAGUUAUCAUUGAUAGCUGUGCUCGCCGAUUCCAAGCACACAAGAUCUACCUCCGAGCCGCCGCCGCUCGACGAUGGGCCAUGACUCGUGAAACUACCCUCCGAGGCGCACGCCCAACACCAGCACAUACCGCCGCCCUAAAAACGAUCCACGACUCACUGCAGCGGGAUCUGGCGCGCAUCACCGAUCAACACGUUAUCGCUGACCUUCGAGCCGCCGACCAGCGGGCAGGCCACUGGCUUGAGGAUGAUCCGUCCUUGGAUGUUAUCCGGCGCUGGAUUGGGCGGUAA